AGGUGAAAGGAAGGCAGCCGAAUUUACCGCUUCCCUUGGCAGUAAUUUCGUCGAAGCGUGGACCAUCGCUGUGGGAUUCAAAGCUUAAGGAGAGAAGAUCUCGCAAACGUUGAACCAGACCGCGUUUUUGCUCUUUCUGAUCGGCGCUUUGACGAGUUCUAAGUUUCAUUGUCUUCGUCUCUGUCGCCAAUAGUCAUCAGACAGGACCGGAAACUGGUUUCUUUCUUUCUGUUUCGUUAGAUGCAUCGAAUCGAAGGAUGCUAUUGUGAAGAAAGCGAAGUAAUGAACAUGUGCACUUCUUUGUAGCCCAACUUUGAACCUGCAUAGACAGUAGAUAUCAUCAGGACAGUGGGAAACAUAAGAAGACCCAGCCAAAUGAUGAAGCUACUUGUAGCAUCCUUCUUCGGGGUUAUAGUUGGUUUCCUUAUGGGUAUUACUUUUCCAACUCUCACCUUAACUAAGAUGAAUCUUCCAUCCACAUUGUUUCCCUCCAUCGAUCUGGCAUACAUUGAGGAUAAAUACUCGGACUUAUCAAGAAAAAGACUGUUUAGCUCUUGGUCUUCCACAAAGAGCUCCAAACCCAAGAAUGACAUCCCUGAUCCUCCCUACACCUAUAAUGACACUAAGAUAUGGGUUCCUAGUAAUCCCCGUGGCGCUGAGAGGCUGCCUCCAGAUAUAGUCACACCCGAAUCAGAUUUAUACCUCCGUCGUUUGUGGGGUGACCCUAAUGAGGAUUUGAAAACCAAGCAGCGGUAUCUAGUAACGUUUACGGUUGGUUAUGGUCAGAGGAAAAACAUAGACGCUGCGUUGAAGAAGUUCUCAGAUAACUUCACUAUAAUGCUGUUUCACUACGAUGGCCGGGCCAGCGAGUGGGAAGAGUUUGAAUGGUCCAAGCGAGCUAUUCAUGUGAGCAUUCGCAAACAAACGAAAUGGUGGUACGCCAAGCGGUUUCUUCAUCCGGACAUAGUUGCUCCCUAUGAUUAUAUCUUCAUAUGGGAUGAGGAUCUUGGCGUGGAACACUUUGAUUCUGAGAAAUAUCUGGCGGUGGUGAAGAAACAUGGUUUGGAGAUCUCACAGCCUGGGUUGGAACCAUAUGAAGGUCUCACAUGGGAGAUGACAAAGAAAAGAGACGACACUGAAGUCCACAAGCAUGCUGAGGAGAGGAAUGGGUGGUGCAGUGAUCCAAAUCUACCCCCUUGUGCAGCAUUCGUUGAGAUCAUGGCUCCUGUUUUCUCCCGUAAAGCAUGGCGAUGUGUGUGGCAUAUGAUUCAGAACGAUUUAGUUCACGGAUGGGGUCUGGAUUUUGCGGUUCGAAAAUGCGUUCAGAACGCGCAUGAGAACAUUGGAGUGGUAGAUGCUCAGUGGAUUAUUCAUCAAGGUGUUCCAUCACUAGGGAACCAAGGACAACAAGAGGAAGGGAAACAGCCAUGGGAAGGGGUGAGGGAACGGUGCAGGAGAGAGUGGACGAUGUUCCAAGACAGAUUGGAUGAGGCAGAGAAAGCUUACUUUGAAGCAUCAGCUCACAACAAUUCUUCUUCUUCACGACCUCACCGGUAACAAAAGACAAAAACUGUCUCUUUCUGAGUUCCUCCACCCCGUUGCUUUCAUUUUGUGUUUGUGGAAAAGAGCAGUCUCUUUCAUCCUAUCUGCUAAUAUCUAAGCACGUUCAUUAACUUUAUUUUCUUUUGUUAAAUCACAGUAUUGUAUGAGAAUCCCGCAAGAAAGUAUAGAUAAAUAUGUUGCGCUUCCUAGUUU